AGGGGUGUUUUGGCCGAAGCUACACGGCUGCCUUCAGUCCGUCGGGGGAGCCCACACUUGCCGCCAGGGGCCGCCGCUUUUCGGAGGAUGGCGAAAGAGAUCUCGAGCGUGAAGGUCUUCGGGGGCCUGCUCAAGCGCUACGAGCACACCAGCCCCGUGCUCGGCGGCGUUGCCAUGAAGUUUGCUGCGUACCUGCCCGAAGGUUCGGAGGGCAAGAAGCUGCCCGUCGUCUACUGGCUCAGCGGACUGACUUGCAACGACGAGAGCUUCUCUCAGAAGGCGGGCGCGUUCGAAGCGGCCGGUAAUUUGGGCCUGGUGAUCGUGCUUCCUGACACGUCGCCACGGGGCGAGGGGGUCCCAGACGAGGACCCUCACGCGUACGAUUUCGGUGUUGGCGCGGGCUUCUAUCUGAACGCGACGACCGACAAAUACAAGACUCACUACAAUAUGCUGGACUACGUUACCAAGGAGUUGCCCGAGGCUGUCAAGGACUUGCUCCCCAUCGAUCCUGAGAAGCAGAGCAUUUUCGGGCACAGCAUGGGCGGCCACGGCGCACUGACCAUCGCCCUGAGAAACCCAGGCGCGUUCAAGUCUGUGUCCGCGUUCGCGCCCAUCACCAAUCCAACCGAGGCGCCUUGGGGCAAGAAGGCCUUCCCGCUGUACCUCGGGGCCGACGAGGCGACUUGGAAGGCAUACGACACCGUUGAGCUUCUCAAGAAUUAUUCUGGGCCGCCAGUCCGCCUGCUGGUGGACCAGGGAACGAGCGACAAUUUCUUAGUAGAGCAGCUCAAGCCAGAGAACCUGCAGAAGGUCUGCGACGAAAAGGGCAUCAAUUUGAUGCUCCGAAUGCAGGAGGGGUAUGACCACUCGUACUACUUCAUCUCCACCUUCGACCACCUGAAGUACCACGCCUCCUACCUCACCGGAAUGCUACGCUGGUGCCCAGACGCAGGCAUGCUGCCCUCUGCCUCUGUGUAUUCCGGGCCAGCCGAGACCUUCGACUCUGCUGGCAAAGAGAUCGAGUGCCUUGCGGCGGUGGCGUUCGAGCCGAAGAAGCCGCUGGAGAUUGUCAAGGUGAAGGCUGGCUGCAUGUUCAUCUGCUCGCCUGACGCGCCCGACUCGGUGGAGCAUUGCGCGCAAUGCGCGCGGCUGCAUGCAGUGGCCGACCGGCUGCUCGGGCUGCCUCGCCCGGCGACGCUGGAGGCGCGGUUCGCGGCCUUCCUCGGCUGGGACCUGCGGACCAGCGCGCCGGCGGGCCACACGGCGCGGGCCGUGCGCGGCAACGCGGCGGCCGCAGUAGCGUACGACGCCGCCGUGGACUGGCGAUGGGCCCAGGUCGGGCCACCGCAGAAGGGCGAGGUCCGGAUCAAGACCAGCUACGUGGCCCUCUGUCACACGGACGCAUACACGUUAGACGGCCUUGACCCCGAGGGCCUGUUCCCGUGCAUCCUGGGCCACGAGGCCUCUGGCAUCGUCGAGAGCGUAGGCGAAGGUGUGGAGGGCUUCAAGCCCGGCGACCACGUCAUCCCGUGCUACCAGGCGUACUGUGGCGACUGCAAGUUCUGCAAGAGACCGGACAUCAAUCUCUGCACGUCCGUCCGCCAGUUCACCGGCUCGGGUGUGAUGGCGGGCGACGGAAAGCCCAGGUUCAGCUACGAGGGUAAGCCGAUUUACCACUUCAUGGGCACGAGUUCGUUCGCCGAGUACGGCGUCCUCCACGCACAGUCGCUCGCGAAGGUUCGAAGAGACGUGCCGCUCGACAAGGCGUGCCUCCUCGGCUGCGGCAUCUCAACCGGCUGGGGCGCCGUGUGGAAUACUGCCCAGGUGGAGAAGGGUGCCACCGCCGCGGUGUUUGGCCUGGGGGCCGUCGGCCUGAGCGUGGUCGAGGGGCUGGUGAAGGCUGGGGCCUCCCAGAUCAUCGCCGUCGACCUCCUGCCCUCGAAGCUGGAGGGGUGGGGCAGGUGA